CUGCUCCGGAACGGGGGUGCUCAGGACAGCUCGGUCGCGGAAGCCCUGAGCGGGCCCCCGGUGCGGCUGGCCCCGGAGGAGGAGACCCGGGCCCGGCUGCUGCCCGUGGGCGCCGAGGAGGAGGAGGAGGAGGAGGAGGAGGAGGCGGCGGCGGCGGCCCCGGGGGCUGAGGAAGCGCGGCCGCCGCGGACGGCGCUCUCUGCGCGGCGCUUCGCGGUGCUGCUCAUCUUCAGCUUGUACUCGCUGGUGAACGCCUUCCAGUGGAUCCAGUACAGCAUCAUCAGCAACGUGUUCAUGGACUUCUACGGCGUCUCCGAGCUGCACAUCAACUGGCUGUCCAUGGUGUACAUGCUGGCCUACGUGCCUCUCAUCUUCCCGGUCACCUGGCUGCUGGACACCAGGGGUCUACGGCUCACCGCCCUGCUGGGCUCUGGUCUCAACUCUCUGGGUGCCUGGGUUAAGUGCUGCAGUGUCCAACCCCAUCUCUACUGGGUCACCAUGUUGGGCCAGGGCCUGUGCUCUGUAGCGCAGGUGUUUAUCCUGGGCUUGCCCUCCCGCAUCGCCUCUGUGUGGUUUGGGCCCACGGAGGUGUCCACAGCUUGUGCCACCGCCGUGCUGGGCAAUCAGCUUGGAACUGCAGUUGGCUUUUUGUUACCUCCUAUUCUAGUGCCCAACACACAGAACAACACAGAUCUCCUUGCUAGUAACAUCAGCACCAUGUUUUAUGGGACAUCAGCGGUUGCCACACUUUUAUUUAUUUUAACAGCAAUUGUAUUCAAAGAAAAACCUCCAUAUCCACCAAGUCAGGCUCAAGCCGCCCUUCAGGACAGUCCUCCUGCAGAGUACUCCUACCUGAAGUCAAUAAGAAACCUGUUCAAGAACAUUCCUUUUGUCCUUCUGUUGAUCACUUAUGGUAUCAUGACUGGAGCAUUUUAUUCAGUUUCAACAUUGUUAAAUCAAAUUAUGUUGACCUGCUGUAAGGAAGAAGUGUAUGCUGGAAGGAUUGGGUUAACACUGGUAAUAGCUGGCAUGGUGGGCUCUAUUCUGUGUGGCUUAUGGCUGGAUUACACUAAAACAUACAAACAGACUACUUUGAUAGUUUACAUUUUAUCUUUUAUUGGAAUGGUUAUAUUUACUUUCACACUGAACCUUGGAUACAUUGUGUUUAUUACUGGAGGAAUACUUGGUUUCUUCAUGACUGGCUAUCUGCCCUUGGGUUUUGAAUUUGCUGUUGAAAUCACUUACCCUGAAUCAGAGGGCACCUCAUCUGGGCUCCUUAAUGCUGCCGCACAGGUUUUUGGAAUUUUGUUCACAUUGGCUCAAGGAAAACUCACAACAGACUAUGGUCCUAUGGCAGGGAACAUUUUCCUCUGUGUCUGGCUGUUCUUAGGAAUCAUUCUAACAGCAUUGAUCAGGUCUGAUCUGAGAAGACACAAUAUAAAUAUAGGACUUACAAAUGGUGAAAUCAAAGCUGUGCCAGUUGAUAGUCCUACGGAUCAGAAACCCAAAGCAGUUGUAUUAACCAAGCAGUCAGAAUCAUCCAUUUGAAGUGAGAGGAAAAAUUGCUGUCCCUCAGUAAUUGGGAUACCACCUGGCCGUCUUUGGAGGGAGCUACGAAUCGUAUGGCUAACUUUACAGGUGGUAUGGAUGGACAUGUACUUGGAAAGUAUUUUAUGAACACUAUAGGAAGCAUUAUUGUUACUUUAAGAAAUAUUUUGCUUAGAGUGCUAUUUCUUAGAUCAUGUUAACACUACCAUUUAUCUGGUAGUGCUCCAUUUUUUUUAAUUGUGAAAAUACCAUACAGAGGGGUUACAAUUACAU